UAUUGAAAUUGGAUUUCUGUAUCCCAUCAACCCAAGAUAGCUGCACACGAGCCCUAUUCAAACCGGAUGGCCUUGAGAUACACAUCCUGGGCCACACUCAGUCAGACAGGCACGGAUUCAAGGUUUCUGCAAAGAAAUAUGCUUCAAGCAAGCGGACGAUUUCAUUUGAUGAACAUUGCUCAGUGGUAGAGCGUACACAAUUUUCGGCAGUUGCCUUAAAGCAACAGGACCUGAAUGGAGCUUACUUGAACCUCCGAUUACCUCCCGUCGAAAAAUUAACUAGCAGUCGGACAACAAAUCAGAGUAAUCUAUCCAUCUGGUACACCUUACAACUUGAGUUGAAUACCUCGGAGUUGAAAGGAAUGGUGUUUUUGCUGCAUCCGAAUAGGCCAAGUUCGGAUGUUCGUUCAUAUUUUUUGAGGACCACGACGGAAAAUCCAAAUUUCUCGCAUGAACACCCCAUGCUGGCUGCAGAAUUUCGGAACACCAGCCUCUUCUUCAUUGUUCAAAGAGAUCCGACAAUGUGGUUCGACGCACUGGUGAAUGAUUAUGAGGAAUCGUUUCAGACUGACAAACACAUAUCCCUCGAAGUUUCAUGGUAUUCAAAAUCAUUAACUCACAAAGUUACUUCAACUAACUGGCCUCUUCUUCGUAUCCGACCGGGUCCUAGACACGAUUGGCUUUACGUCGGGUUAAAGUCGUUUCAAUCCAACCAAUUCGGACUCUUGACACAGGAUAUAGUGCAAACGCAACUCAACUCCAUCCAACAUGAGGGACGGCAGAACUACUGGCCAGGUCAGAAUUUGUGGGUUGGAGGAAUAAAUUCAACCUUCGCACUGGAAUCGGGAAUGCUAUAUCCUGGCUUACACAGUCUUAGCGGAACCAGGCGCGGGUUCGUUGGAUGUCUACUAAGUGUAAAGCUGAACCAAGUUGAUUUGGAUUUGCGGUCGGCUUUUGAAUCUAGACAACGCGCUUCGGGAACCACUGCUCUGGACCGCGUGAUGCAAGUGGGUUGCUUGAAGAGUCAGCCAGUAGCGGAAGAUAGUACCUGCGAAGGUUCUGGCCUUGACAAAGAUGAAUUCCCGGGAAUUGUUAAAGGAAGAUUUUGCCCAAACGGCGGGAAAUGCCUACCGAAUUGGAAACGAGCGGAAUGCGAUUGCACAGAAACGACUUACACUGGACGAAGAUGUGAACAACUUACUCCCUUCUUCACAUUUGACGGACGUCAGCUCAUUCAUUUGCGAUUCCCAACAUUGCAAUUGUCCGAGAUAGACACACUGAGCUUCGGGUUCCAGACACCACAAUAUGAUGUCAUUCUGCUACACACGUACGCUGAGCUUAUAGGACAGGCGUGGUUUUCGAUUCACAAAUCGGAAUAUGUAUCCCGACGCAACCGAUCCCGAUCUGUUUUCGACAUCUUGGACACUGAACACAUUGUUGGAUUGGAACUUGCUGUCGUCCGGGGGCGAAUUCAAGUUAGAUAUAAUCUUGGUGCGGAUCCCAAGGUUCUGGAUCUUCCCUGGUUAGUAUCUGAUGGGAAAUGGCACAUGUUCUCUCUUUAUCGGCGGCAUCAGCUCUUCGUGGCGACGAUGGAUGGCCAGGAAUAUCGGACAAACUUGUCCCUCAAAACUACCAUAUUACCACUGAGAGGAGCAGUGCUCGGCUCGAAAGAAUACUCUACUUCUGACUUCUUGGCCGUUCCCGUUAGUGAAAGCUUCAUUUCUACCCCAAAUUUCAUCGGAAGCAUGAAACAGUUUAGUCUCAAUGGGCUGAAACUUGAUCCGAGGAGCACAUCAAACGAACUGGAAUCUCUAAUUGAUUUGGUCCAAGAAGCGACAAGCAGCGUAACCCUUGCGCAUCCCGCUGAAACCAUCAGACCCCUAACACCGGCGUAUCCGGUACAUUUUACCGGCUCAGGCUGUAAUGUUGGCAUUAUACUCUCGGAAACAAAACCAGUGCUGGAAAUCCAGUUUGCAUUUAAAGCAUCAAGGAAUACGUCAAUGCUGUGUCUGUUUACUGAUGAUCAUAGUUUCCCUCUGUUGAUUUUGAGCCUGCGGUUGGGAAGGCUGAAAGUGGACCGCUUCGAAAACGAAAACACGCAUCUCUCGGACUUCAUCGGGGCCAACUUGAACAACGGAAGCUGGUUUGUCGUUCGACUCUAUGGGUCUAGUUUGGGUUCCUUGGAUAUUGGUGUUGCAACGUACACUGAGGGAAUCGGCGGGAUGUCAUCAAUAUUGAAGACAGGCUACGUUCCGGAGGCUUUGAAAGAUCUCGGGUCAUCAGCCAUAAAAGAUCUGGACACUGUCGCAGUCUGUAUCGGAGAUAUUCGUUUGGGUGGCAACCGACCAAUGGACCUGCAUUACUACAUACGAAACAAAUAUUCUACAAGUUCAACAGAUUAUUCAUCCUGUCUGGCAGAAAUAAAACCAGGCUGCGCAGAUGAUGUAGCAGGCAACUGUGGGACUCUUGUUCAGGAAAGUUCACCAAGCAGCUUUCAUUACCGAAGCCUCCCCAUCUUGCGCUGUUUGCAUGAUGGGGUAUGCGUGAGGCGAUGGCAGAGCUAUGCCUGUACUUGUGUUGGGACCACUUUUCGAGGAGACUUGUGUGAACAACCGGAAACAACCGUGUUAUUCGGCUCUCCAAAAACGCCUGAUUCGUCUGGGAACGGUGUAAUGAACAGCACGAGCACUUUAUUGUUGGAUGAAGAGCCGGAACACAGCGGGAAUCCAUUUGGAUACAUUGUGGUAAGCAUACCACCAUGGAUGCGAUACUCUACAGAUGAUCACGUUGUCCUUGGGAUGCAGGUGGAUGACAAUCACACAGUUCUGAUGGCAAAUCGCAUCCUCACUCUGUACUGCGUAGCAACUGGAUCGGACUGGAUGCAUGUCUACUUGGACUCCGGACAGUUUCACGUCGCCCUGGAAACAAGUGGGUUCAAGCAGACCAUUCAAGGACCAUCUGUUCAAUUAACAGACGGCUAUUAUCACAGAGUCAGCUGUCAGAGGUCAAGAAAUCGCAUCAUAAUUAAGGUGGAUAAGUACUUUAAUGAGCACUUGAUUGAACAUGAUAGCACAGAAGGUUCCUUACACACAUCCAAGAGGACCGAAAUUUGGAUUGGUCACUGCCCAAGGUCAAACUUGAGUGACUUUUACAUCGGAUACUUGACAGGCUUCGCGUACAAUGGUCUGAAUCUUUUGGACGAUGCUCUGGAUAUCACACACUACCACCAUGUCAGUACAGCCCGCUACGGUCAAGUUAAUCGAGCCAGCAGCUUUAAACCGCGCUUCCCAAAAGCCAAAGUCGAGGAAAAAAGUCAGACUCAUUUGGCACUCAUGAAGCAAACGGCGAUAUCUUCAAGUGAAAACAUUUUCAUGGGAUCGCUUUCUUAUCACCAAAUGUCAAUCAGAGGUGACUCACCAUUCGCACCAAACACAACGGUCUUGGCUGUCGACCAUUAUGCGGGUCAAGGGCAGAUCAUCAAAAGCACGGACACACUGGAUAACAGUUUAUGGACGGGCAACAUCAAUAUGCAUCACGGUGGCGCAGCGAAAGUAGGACUGUUGACCAGCCUGACUGUAGUUGCAGCCAUGCUUCUAACACUUUCAGUGGUAUUCAUUUAUCGUUAUAAGACAGCUGACUUAGUGGGCGCAUGUGGUACAUGUAAAAGUCAAAAUAUACCAUCAACAGUUCAAAGUGAUGAACUUGCAAAUGCAACCGAUUUCCGAACUCCCCUAUCCAUUAUUGGGCCGCUGUUUACUAUCGCUGCCGAUGUACGCACACAGCACCCAACACUGACUUCUAGUGGAUACAGCGGUCGACCUGAGGGGCAAUCCCUGUAUGGUCACGGCAUUCAGAUUUAA